AUGACCGCGGAUAUUGAAAAGGCCUUUCUGCAAAUUCGAAUCGCCCCGGACGAUCGCGACGCACUCAGGUUUCUAUGGUUCAUGAAUAUACCCAGACGCGACAACUGCGAGACAGACAUGGAAACUUGGAGGAUGACACGACUGACCUUUGGCACGAAAACGAGCACAUUUUUACUUGCUGCCACGUUACAGCAUCACUUCAAAGUUAUGGCAGCAGAGUAUCCGCAGAUAUGUGCGAAGUUCAAAGAUUCUAUCGACGUAGAUGACCUGCUGACAGGAGCUGACACAGAAGAAGAAGCCGAGAUUCUAUACGCGGAGGCUAAAACGCUUUUUCAAAGGGGAUCCAUGAACAUUAGAAAAUGGGCAUCAAACAGUGCUAAACUCAGGAAUUUGUUUGAGACAGACCCCGACGAAGUAUCGCCUUAUACAAAGGACUCCAAGGAGAUCAAGGUUUUGGGAGUCAAGUGGAACACUGAAAAGGAUGUCAUUUCGCUCAAUCACAAAGCGCAGGUCAAGCAAACUGAAUGUGUGUCAAAACGGCAAGCAUUGCAGUUACUCCAAGGGGUGUUUGAUCCUUUGGGGCUUCUGGUGCCUUACACCAUCACUGCCAAGAUUCUCAUGCAAGACAUAUGGCUGGAGCAAAUCGAAUGGGACAGUUUACUAUCCAGCAAAUUAAAGCAACGAUGGGACGAUUGGUAUGAACAAAUUGAACAAGCUGCGCUUGUUGAAGUACCGAGAAUGUAUGGCAAAUGGACGGAAACCACACGAGCGGAGCUGCAUGUAUUUGCCGAUGCCUAUGGCACAGUGGCAUACGUCGUCCUACACGGCCCGUUGGAAGUUGAAUCGGCCCUCGCCCUGGCGAAGGCAAGGGUGGCACCUCUUAAAGGUCAGCUACGCCGAUUUCCCGAUGUGUUGAAACGGUUGUGA